AUGGGACUGUCCGACGGGCCCCGGCUGCUGUAUGCAGCGGCAGCGAUCCUGCUGGCGCUCGUGCUGCGCUCCGUCUUCAGCACACCCGUCCUCCGGCGCCACGGCGUCCCUUUGAGAAAACCGGCCGACACGCUGCCGCUGGCCGGCAAUGGCAUCCGCUUCCUGCAGGCGCGGCAGAAGCUCUUCUCCUGGUUUGUGCGCUGCCAAGACCACUUUGGCUACGAAACCUAUCAGAUAGCCGUGCCGACUUUGCCGCCAGGCGUCGUCAUCAGCGAUCCGCGCAAUCUCGACUUCAUCUUCAAGAGCGAGGGCACCCUCGUGAACAAGGGCAGCUUUGUCAAGGGCAUGCUGUGGGAUCUAUUUGGCCAUGGCAUCGUCAACUCUGACGGCGACGUCUGGCGCGUUCAGCGACGCGCCGGCCAGAGCUUCCUCAACACGGCCAACAUCCGCGUGCUCACCGACGUGGCCCUGCCGCAGUACCUGGCCGGCACGCUGGCCCGCCUGCGCGCUCUCGACACCACGGCCGCUGUCGAUCUCCAGGCCGUCUUCCACGAGCUGACGUCCUGCAUCAUGGGCAAGAUGGCCUACAACAUGGAAAUGCACGCCGAGGACGCCUUCUCUGUCGCCUUUGACCGUGCUUCAGCCGCCACCACGAAGCGCUUCCAGAACCCACUCUGGCAGCUGACCGAUCUGCUCUCUGGCAGCGGUGCCGAUCUACGUCGCCAACUGGCCAUUGUCCGGGCCUUUGGCCGUCGCAUCGUCGCCAGCGCCGUGGCCGAUCGAGCGGCUCAACUGGACCACGCCGACAACAAGCUGGACGAAGUCUCGGGCAGCCUGAUCCAGUCCCUGCUCGAGGCCAUCCCAAACCAGGACAUUGUCGCCGAUGCCGCCCUCAAUUAUCUCUCUGCUGGCAGAGACACUGUGGCUCAGGGCCUCACCUGGACGUUCUACAUGCUCACGAAGCAUCCCCGCGUCGUCGCCCAGAUACGUCUCGAGAUCGAGCAAUUGCUUGCCAGCAGCAACAACAGCCUCACCCUGUCUGCCCUCACGCCUGCCGCCCUGCCCUACGUCAUGGCCGUCUUCUUCGAGGGCCUGCGCCUGUAUCCGCCCAUCCCGUUUGAGAUCAAGCAGGUCGAGACCGCCGCCGGCUUGACCCUGCCUGACGGAACCUUCUUGCCCUGUGGUGCUCUCGUGCUCUGGUGCUCGUGGGCUAUGAACCGGUCACGUCAGACCUGGGGCGACGAUGCCGACGACUUCCGGCCUGAGCGCUGGCUGGUUGAAACGCCCCAUGAACAAGCUCGUCUCGUCGGCCGCAGCCCCUCCGAGUUUCCCGUCUUCCAUGGCGGCCCGCGCACUUGUCUGGGCAAGAAGAUGGCCGAGUCCAUGGCAGUGCAGAUCAUGGCCGCCGUCGUCUGGCAUUUUGACGUGCAGCCCGACAGCAGCAGCAGCCCUGACCGCGUCACCAAGACCAGUCUGACCCUGCCCAUGAACGACGGGCUGCCGUGUAUUGUGCGUGAGAGGGCCGUGUCAAUGGUCAUUGCGGCUUAG